GCAUCACAACAGGAUCCGCAGCGUUGAGGCGGGUCAGCUGAAGCCCUACGUUGCCCUGGAAACGUUGGACCUGAGUUUCAAUGACAUCACGGAAAUCCAAACCGGCUGCUUUCCACAGGGACUUCACAUAAAGGAGCUCUACCUGGGGAGCAACAGAAUCAGCACCCUGGACCCUGGUGCUUUUGACAAUCUGUCACGAUCCCUGCUAACACUUCGUCUGAGUAAAAACAGGAUCACUCAGCUUCCUGUCAAGGCAUUCAGGCUACCCAGGCUAAUACAACUGGAGCUGAACCGGAAUCGCAUCCGCCUGAUUGAAGGCCUGACGUUCCAGGGACUGGACAGCUUGGAGGUCCUGAAACUCCAGCGCAACAACAUCAGCAAACUGACCGAUGGGGCUUUCUGGGGCCUAGCCAAGAUGCAAGUUCUCCACCUGGAGUACAACAGCCUGACAGAAGUAAACAGUGGCUCUCUCUAUGGCCUUUCAUCUCUGCACCAGCUUCACCUCAGUAACAACUCCAUAUCCCGCAUCAACCCCGACGGCUGGAGCUUCUGUCAGAAGCUGCAUGAGCUAAUACUCUCUUACAACAACCUAACGAGGCUGGAUGAGGGAAGCUUGGCAGAACUUGGGGGACUGCACGUGCUACGACUGAGCCACAAUUCCAUCAAUCAUAUUGCAGAAGGUGCUUUCAAGGGACUCAAAAACCUACGUGUCCUGGAACUGGACCACAAUGACAUCGCGGGCACAAUAGAAGAUACCAACGGAGCCUUUACAGGCCUGGAAAACCUAAGCAAGCUAACUCUGUUUGGAAACAAGAUCAAGUCGGUGGCCAAGAAAGCAUUCUCAGGGUUGGAGGCCCUGGAGCACCUGAACCUCGGGGACAACGCCAUCCGCUCGAUCCAAGCAGAGGCCUUUGCCAGGAUGAGGAGCCUGCGGCAGCUCCACAUAAACAGCGACAGCUUCCUCUGCGAUUGCCAGCUGAAAUGGUUGCCCCAGUGGUUAGUGGAGAAGGAGCUGCAGUCCUCUGUGGUGGCCACCUGCGCCCAUCCCGAGUCACUAAAAAGCAAAAGCAUUUUUGCCAUCCUGCCAGAAAGUUUUGUGUGUGAUGAUUUCCCCAAGCCGCAGAUCAUCAUCCAGCCCGAGACAACAGUGGCUGUCCUCGGGAAGGACAUCCGUCUCACCUGCUCGGCCGCCAGCAGCAGCAGCUCCCCCAUGAUGUUUGCCUGGAAGAAGGACAACGAGAUGCUGCACAAUGCUGAGAUUGAGAACUUUGCCCACGUGCGGGCCAAGGAUGGGGAGGUGAUGGAGUACACGACCAUCCUGCACCUCCGGCACGUCACCUUUGCCCACGAAGGGCGUUACCAGUGCAUCAUCACCAACCACUUCGGCUCCACCUACUCCAACAAGGCCCGACUCACUGUUAACGUGUUGCCCUCGUUCAUCAAGACUCCCCACGACGUCACCAGCCGGACGGGGACGAUGGUGCGGCUGGAGUGCGCGGCCGAGGGGCACCCCCCCCCGCAGAUCGCCUGGCAGAAGGACGGGGGCACCGAUUUCCCGGCCGCCCGCGAGCGCCGCAUGCACGUCAUGCCCGACGACGACGUCUUCUUCAUCACCGACCUGAAGAUCGAGGACACGGGGGUCUACAGCUGCACGGCCCAGAACUCUGCGGGCUCCGUGCUGGCCAACGCCACCCUGACUGUCCUGGAGACACCAUCUUUGAUUCACCCACUGGAAGACCACGUGGUGUCCGUGGGUGAGACCGUGGCUCUCCAGUGCAAAGCCACAGGGAGCCCAGCUCCCCGCAUCACCUGGCUGAAAGGAGACCAGCCCCUCAUCGUGACAGAAAGGCACCACUUCACCUCUGGCAACCAGCUGCUGAUUGUUAGGAACGUGGUCUUGGAGGAUGCUGGGAAAUACACCUGUGAAAUGUCCAACACCGUGGGGACAGAGCGUGCCCACAGCCACGUGAGCAUCCUGCAGUCUCUGGGCUGUAGGAAGGACCGUACCACCGUGGGGAUCAUCACCAUUGCUGUCGUGUGCAGCAUUGUGCUGACAUCUCUGGUCUGGGUCUGCAUCAUCUACCAAACCAGGAAGAAGAGUGAAGAAUACAGUGUCACCAACACAGAUGAGACAAUUGUGCCUCCUGACGUGCCGAGCUACUUGUCUUCACAAGGGACUCUUUCGGAGCGGCAGGAAGGGGUGGUCAGAGCAGACACCCAACAGCCCAACGGCCACAUAGACAGCAACGGUAUGUGUCAGGUGGAUCCUGGAAGGUGUCCAGAUGCUGAAGGUCCCACCGUAGGCUGCAGACAGCCAAAGCUGUGUAUCGACUACAGUAAAGACACGUGGAAGACAGAAGACAUGGCUGAUGGAAUGCUUCUUCCAGAUAAGACAGGCUACGGCCUGCCGGUGGUGUGCGCGGACUGCAGCGGCAGCACGGACAGCAUCAACCUGCACAUCCUCCCCCGGGAGCCCGAGGGCUACUCCCAGGGCCCCCAGGCCACGGACG